AUGCCCCCAGUGGUGUCACGGACGGAGUUCCGGGCUUUGGAUCCGAACGAUGAGAACCUGACGGACCGGAGAUCGGAGGUCGAAUCGCGAAGUGGCCAGGAUCGCGAACGCCAUGCGAACGCAGUCUUGGCAGAGGUCGACGAGCUCAAGGAGGAGCGACAAGAAGAGCAGGUCACGGAGGAGCAAUUUAUGCCUGGUCAAAUGAUCCAUCGCAUCCUCGGGAAAGGUGAAGAAGGGCAGACGGGCGCUGGAUUGGAUGAAGCUGAUGAUAUUGAUGUCAUCGCUGAGGCUAUUCAGGAGAAAUCGGAUGAAGAGAUGGCAGAGGAGGCAGCAGAGGAACGGAUCUCUGGGAAUGAAGAAGAGCUGAACGAGAGGAUCCAGAUUCAGAAGGCUUUCGCUUUCGAUGGGGGCGGCUGGGGGAAGGCCCAACCUCAAACGGCCGAUGAAGAGGCCGCUGAAGCGGCCGCUGAAGCGGCCCCUGAAGCGGCCCCUGUGGAGGAGGAGGAGCUGAUGAGGAUGAGCGUCAAGGAGCUCAAGCAGUUCCUCCGCCUCCGUGCCGUGCGCAUCCCUGCCUCCCUGGCCGAGAAGUCUGAGCUUCGAGGAGGAGCUGAAGAGAAUGGAGGAGGCUGA